UGUAACGAUCAGUAUCCCGAUCGUUACUAUAAGAUUCAUUUCUGUAACUAUUAAGUAUGCAACCCGGUAUACGUUCACUCGCAUAGAGUGUAAUCUAAACUUGAGCCCAUUAUAAUUAUUUUGGUUGGUAGUAUGGUUAGUGAAUUUUACAUUUAUUCGUUGGCUCAUGGGUAAAUGACAAUUUCCGCCUGUUGACAGGACGGAAAGAAAGUGAAAGUUGAUGGUUACUUGAUCUUCGGUAGCCGUCUGCAAAUGAUGUGAUUUUCCAGCGACCGGUGUCUAGCCAUUUUAUUUUAUUUAGAAAAUAAUUAUUUAGUUGAAAAGGAAUGCAUUUAAGUUGGAAAGAAGUUUAUUUUAUGGUAUAAAUUAUGGUGAGAGUGCUGUUUUAGUUCCAAUAUCGGAGGAUUCUGGACAUUGGUCGCUGGAGAAUAGAAGAUUUAGUCAACAGAAAUAAGAAUAAUUUUUGGGAAAGAGUGGGAAAUUUUGGGACAUAUUUGGAAGUUUUGAUUUUAUUGGAAUCUUGGUUUUUAUGGAAUUUAUUUUUUGGAAUUCGCCGGUACUGAGAGGUAUCUCCAGUUGGUAACAAGGAUACACCUCCCUCCUAGGUUGAGGAACACCGCAAGCUACCUUCCUUGGGCCUCUGAUCAUUCCCUGGAAAGAGUUGGAGAACCCAUGGUCACUUGGUAGACCGGACAGGUUUUUAUAAGUCAAUUUGAUUGUAAUUUGUUUUAAUAAUAUUUGCACUUUUACCUAUUUUUUUUUGUAUCAAUAACUUAAUAAUCCUAAUAAUAGUAUACCUUCAUUUUCUUAAACAUAAUUAAACUAAACAAUAAUUUUUCAAAAAUUUUAUAUUUCAAGGUUAGCUCAUUUAUUUUAAAAUAGUAGGGGGGAUUAUAAACUAUCUGUAAAGAUAGUGUGCACAUUAUCUCAGUUUGAAUCCUUAUCGAAACUUUGAUUUCAUUGUCAGGUAUUAUACUUACGUUUAUCACCUCCGAACAGAUACGAUAUUGUCAGCCAAUAUUGGCUUCUUCAUUAACAACAAAUUUGUACAUACAUUUUUACAUUAAUUAACUUUCAUAUAUAAACCAUUCUUUUCAUAUUUUUCACAUAUUGUAAAAACCUGUGUUAUCAACAGGAGUGUCAUAGCUUAGUACGUCCGGUUUAGCUAGUGUAUAAAAAUUGUAUAUAGGGGUUAUAGGUUUGUUUCAUUAAAUUUGUUAGUUGUACCUAAAUAUAUGUUUUAUUUCCUAUAAAUUCGCAGAUCUAGGUCAAAGUAAUAGUACUAUAACAGUAAUAAGUAGAUGCAAGCAGCAGUAUAAGUCACUCGGUGAAGUAAAAUUCACCAGGCGCCCUCUUCCGUACUUCUAAAUAUCUUCUUGGUCAAUAUUUCUCUUCUUUUCAUUCUUUUUUAUUUUUAAUUUAUUUGCUUGAACACUUCAGUACUUUACUAGUUAUCGUCUUAUUUCGGGUGUGCAAAUUCGGCCUGAUCCUUUCCUGAGUCACACAAAAGGUCUCUUACAUAUCCAGCUAGCCAGCUCAAUAACACUUAACAAGCAAUUAAGCUACUCCUUCAAAGCUUAUAUAUAUUCUUCCACAUCACCUACAGAAUUGUUAUAAUUAACACAUAAUUUGUUACAAUUGACGCUUGCCAACGUGGUACCCGACUUCUCAAUAAGACAGUAUAAUAUAUUAUCUUCUUUUAUUUUGGUUGCUUUUGUUGAAAACUUUUCUAGUAAGUAUCUAUCUGGUUCAUUGUUGUAUAAUUUAGAGUUAUAUAGAGAUAUAUGUUUGUUCUUUUGUACGUUACUUGGAAAAAAGUAAUAAACUAGUGCACUUAUAUUGCUGUAUUGGUACUAUUUUAAUUUAUUUAAAAUAAUAAUCGUAAAUCUUGAGUAGGAUAAUAGUUGAACAGGUAUAUUGGUUGACAUUUCGGUCUGAUCGGUUUGGUGAUACCUGAUUUAGUUUGGAAAAUUUUGAAUGAUUUAUUUUUUUUGAUAUCUAGGUACAUUACUGAUUUUGAUCUAGGUGCAGCUGCAAUAUACUAUAGUUUUGCUAAGUUGUUGCAUUCUGUACCUAUAUAUAAUUUACAAAGAUUUUUUUUAUAUACAUUUACACUAAAUAUUUGCUUGAAUUAUUUUAAAUAUCUACCCCAAAUAUAUAUAUCUCGGUUAUAUUUGGUUUGUCGGUUUAUUCAUUCAUCGGUUUAGCAGCUCGUUUAAUAGAUUGUCGGUUAAUUGGUCGUUGUUGGGUUGGGUUCGGUUUGUCUUUGUUGGGUUGGGUUUAUUGUUACUAAAUUUUCACUACCACCAUGUGUACCUUUCAGCCAGAACAUUUGUUGGUUAAGGAAUUGGACUAUGAGCUGAGGAUCAGGGAAAUAGAGGUUGAAGAAGCCGCUAAAUGUGAUAGAAAACGCAGUCUAUUGCGUGGUGCUCUUAAACAAGAGCAAGGAAAUAGGAGUUUCCGACAAAUUUCAGCUGCAGCUAUUCCUUUCCUGGAACAACAACAGGGAAUAAAUGAGACACUAGAGGAUCUUACGCAAAAGAUAAAUAAUUUUAGAGGGACUGUCCAUGAUAGCAUGUAUUCUAGAUACAUUUCACGUCUUGCUCAUAUCUCUGGUCGUGUCCACUUAUUAUGUUGCUCAGAUGAGGAGCAACAACUUUACAAACGCUCUAUGUCCAUUAGGAUACUCAGUCUAGAAGGUGAACUCGAUUCUCGAGUAAAUCCUCUAGCCACGUCCACUCCUGUUUCUUCGGUUCAAGCCUCUAAUUCCUUGUUACAUCCCAAGCCUGUGCAGGUACAUAAGUGGGGAGUUUCGUUUUCUGGUGAAGGUCAUUAUGACCAAGUAAUUUCAUUUUUAGAUAGGGUAGAAUGUCUUCGUGUUUCGAGAGGUGUGAGUGAGGAAGAUCUUUUUUCGGCUUCUGCCGAACUAUUUACAGGCCAUGCUUUUACGUGGUUUAUGAACAACCGUGGUAGCUUUACCACUUGGACUGGUUUGGCUCAGAAACUAAAAUCCGAUUUUCUGCCUUAUUCUUUCCAAACUGAUCUCUUAGACGAGAUCAAGAACCACAAGCAGAAACCUGGAGAAUCAGUGACCAUGUUUAUCAACACUAUGUUAGGCAUGUGUAGUCGACUAGACACUCCUUUAACGGAUAGUUCGAAAAUAAAAAUAAUUUUAAAAUGUUUACUACCUUUUUACCAUGCCCAAUUGGCACUGGUUGAUAUAGCCAGUAUAGAAGAACUCACAGAAAAAUGUAAACGAUUAGAGGAAACUUUAUCUUGGUCUUUUAAUCCUCCUACAACCUCGCGAUUUAAUUCUGGUCCUGGUUUUAAUUCUCACUCCUCGAGAAAUCGUUCUUGGCAAUCUAGACCCCAUACACCGAAUGUGUCUGUGGCUACUUCUUCUUUUUCUUGUUGGAAUUGUCAGGAAGCUGGUCACGCAUUUCGGGAUUGUUCUAGACCCCAAACCCGGAUUUUCUGCCACGGUUGUGGUAAAGAUAACACACUGAAACGAAAUUGUUUUAAGUGUUCGGGAAACGAGCAUGCAGAGGCUCGUACCCUGAGCGUUCCUCAAACAGCAGCCCCAUCAGGGAAUAUGACCGCAGCUGUAGACGAAGCUUCAGGUCCAAUACCCGCCAGCAGUUCGAACACCUCUCAGGAAGGAAGAACCACUUCCAACCGGAGGCCAACACGCAAACCGAAAUCAGGGAAAAAGUAAUUGUUAGUAACACUUCAGUUGACUCGAGCGGUUUGCUUGAUCGUAGGUUAUUCCCUCCAGUCUUAAGCUGGAAUUUUAGUAAUAAGCAUAAUCAAGACGAGGAAACAGUUCCAAAUUCUAUACCAGGUUGUAAGUUAGUAAAUGAUAAUAAUAUGUCUAUGU